AAAUCUAUUCUCUUCUGAAAUUUAUUUUUAAUAUAAUUUAAUGAUUUCUCAUGAAUUAUAUUACGUAGUAAUUAUUCUUAUAUUAAAUGUUAUAUUAUAAACGACGUAAUGCAAGUCAUCAAGGGAGGGGAAUAUCUAUUCCAUUUUUUUCUACUCAUCUCCACUUCUUGACACAGCACAUGUUUCUAUAUACGUACACAACACACAUACAUUUAUACAUAGAUACAUACACAUAUACAUAUUAUAUACAUACAUAUGAAUCGAAAGCCACGUGUACCGCGUAAAGAAAGUGUAUAUAUAGUGUAUAUAUAUAUAUAUGUAUGUAUGUAUGUAUGUAUGUAUGUAUGUGUGUGUGUAUUAUCUAUACGCAACAUUUGUUGAGUUGGAAAUAUGGACGAUGAAGUUUAUAACAUGAAACGAUUUCUUUUACUAUUAAGAUAUACUUAAAGUAUUUUUUUUUUUUUUUUAAUAAAUAAAUACGAAACAAAUCUGCAUUAAAUGCAGUAUAAGCUUCUAAAAUCUGAAAAUGAAAAAUUCUAUGAAAAGGAAUCAUCACCCAGUAUGAAAAAAAGUAUCAGUCAACCUGGAAGAAGAUAUUUUAUGAUAAUUACUUUACUUGGUAUAUUAUUCCUUGGUUAUAUUGCAAUAGCAAAUGAUUUAAAGCCAAUAAGAAUUGGUAGUAAGGUUAUUGAUACUUUAGCAUUUUCAUUAAAUAUACAAAAGCCAUUUUAUGUUGUUAUCAUCGAUGCUGGAUCUACCGGCAGUCGUGUAUUAGCAUUUAGCUUUCACGAAUCAAUUCUCAACCAUCAUCUAAUAUUAGAUGCUGAAAUGUACAGUGAAACCAAACCUGGAUUAAGUGCAUUUGCAGAUGAUCCAAAAGUUGCAGCACAAUCUCUUAUUAAGCUUUUGGAAAAAGCUAAAUCAGUUAUACCACAAUCAGAAUGGUCUAAUACUCCGCUUACUAUGAAGGCUACUGCUGGCCUUAGAUUAUUGCCUGGACAUAAAGCAAAUAAUAUACUUGAAGAAUGUAGUAAACUUUUUGAGUCAUCUGGCUUCAGAAUAUCAAAAAAUUCAAUUUCUGUAAUGGACGGAGCUAGUGAAGGAAUUUUUUCUUGGUUCACAGUAAAUUUUCUAUUGGAUAAACUUAAUUCUCAUACAUCAGAAAAUACGGUAGCUGCACUUGAUCUUGGUGGGGGCUCUACGCAAGUAACUUUUUCACCAAAUAAAAUGCAAGCGAAAGAAUUGAAACAACAUGUGUAUGCUAUUAAUGCUUUUAGUCAUAAUAUGAGCGUAUAUACGCAUAGCUAUCUAGGAAUGGGUUUAAUGGCUGCUAGAAAAGAAAUUCUGACGCAUGGAAUGACUAUAAAAAAUACUACUACAAAGGAUACAAUAGUAAUCCGAUCUGAAUGUAUAAAUCCAAUUGUGAGUGCUCCAUGGAGUUAUGGAGGACAAAAUUAUAUAAUAAAAGGACCUGUUAAUGCAACACUUAAAACGGUUAAGACACAAAAUUUUGCAGGAGGUGAUGAGAAUAGACCGAUCGUAAGAUUUUCAGAAUGUUUAAAAAUUGUUGAAAAAUAUGUUAAUACAAUAAGUAAUAAGCCAAUAGGAUUGGGUACUCAUGAAAUAUACGCUUUUUCUUAUUACUUUGAACGAGCUACAGAGGUAGGUUUAAUAGACCCUUUCUCUGGUGGUGUCAUACAUUUGGGUGCUUUUCUAAAACAAGCAACAGAAACUUGUGAUUAUCCUAAUGCAGAGCAACCAUUUAUGUGUUUGGAUUUAACAUUUAUUUAUGUCUUGUUACAUAAUGGUUUUGGUUUAGAACCUUCUACAAGGUUAUUUUUAUAUAAGAAAAUCAAUCAACAUGAGUUAAGCUGGGCUUUAGGAGCUGCCUUUAACGUAUUACAAAGUGGUCUUUGACAUUGGUAGAAAAAACAAUAUUAAUAUAUAGAAAAAUAAUGGAAAUAGAAAAAUUAUUAAUUUUUAAUAGUACGUUAUUAAAAAGUAUUGAAUGUCGUCAGUA